UCUAUCUCCUCGUAGAAGAUCCCAUCACGUGUCAUCAUUUGAAGACCGGACCGACGGCGAAGUCGACGAAGGGCAAAGUGUCUGUGUCGUCGCUUUUUCGGCACAUUUCUUUCGCUGUCCUGUUUCCUGGCCUGUAAACGUUUUAUCCUGUUGUAAUAGAGUAUAUCCUACCUCAGUGGCUCUUCCCAAGUGCAACCCUCAAGCGGUUUACGUGCCGUUUUCGCGCGUGUUUGACGCACGUGGACCCGCGCCAUGGCAAACGAUCUCAUCUGCAAACUUGUUGACGCCGGUGGCAUCAAGUUCGGCUCGUUCACGCUGAAAAGCGGCAUCACUUCUCCCAUCUACGUGGACCUCCGUAUGUGUGUCAGCCACCCCAAACUCCUGCACAACAUUGCUUUAUUGGUGGCAUACACAAUGCAAAAAGACGAGAUAGACUCUGACCUGAUCUGUGGUGUCCCCUACACUGCCCUCCCCAUUGCCACGUGUGUGUCCAUGAAGACCAGCCUGCCCAUGGUGAUGAGGAGGAAAGAAGCCAAGUCCUAUGGCACAAAGCAGAUCAUUGAGGGCAACUACAAGGCGGGACAAAAGUGCGUUGUCAUCGAAGACAUUGUCAGCAGCGGAUCCAGCAUCAUUGAGACAGCACAGGCGCUGACUGCCGCUGGACUUGUGGUGACAGACGCCGUCGUCUUCUUGGACAGGGAGCAAGGGGGCUCAGAGAACCUGCUUCAGUGGAACAUCAAGACCCACAGCAUCUUCAAGAUCACAGACAUCUUGGACACACUGCUGGCCACCAACAGGAUUGUUCCCGACGUGGCACGGGACGUGAGAGAGUUUGUGAGGACAGUCAAGGCGCCCCUGGUUCCGUCGCUCCAGAAGAAAGAGGUCAAGAAGCUGAGCUUCAAGGAGCGAGCCCUGCUGACGGCCCACCCACUGGCUCAGCGACUCUUCAACAUCAUGGAAGAGAAGCGGACCAACCUGUGCGUUGCUGCGGACCUCACUCUAUCCAGUGAAGUCUUAGAGCUUGCGGACGUCCUGGGCCCCCACAUCUGCAUCUUCAAGACGCACGUCGACAUCUUGGAGGACUUCAGCCCCGAGUUCCCGGCAAGGCUCAAGGACCUGGCUCGGAAACACACAUUCCUCAUCAUGGAAGACAGGAAGUUUGCCGACAUCGGAAGCACGGUGCAGCAGCAGUACACCCACGGCAAGUAUGCGAUCCAGACUUGGGCUGACCUGGUGACGGUUCACGCUUUUCCUGGCCCCGCCGUACUCACUGCCCUUAAGCAGGCGAGUCAACCAGAUCAGGGCUGCGUAAUUGUAGCGGAGAUGAGCUCCGCUGGAUCGCUCGGCAGUAAGGAAUACACCGAAGCCUCUGUGAAGAUGGGUGAAGAUGUUCCCGAUUUUGUGCUGGGCUUCGUGAGUCAGUCCAGAGUGUCCGACAAGCCCAACUUUGUCCUAAUGACCCCAGGCGUCCAGAUGGGCACGGCCGGAGACGCGCUCGGUCAGCAGUACUGCUCUCCGUCCACCGCGGUCAGCGAGCGUGGCGCCGACGUCAUCAUUGUGGGGAGGGGCAUCACCAAGAGCGAGGACCCUGCGGCGGCUGCUCAAGAAUACCAGAAGGCGGGCUACGACGCUUACAUGGCGUCUGUCGCCACGUAACAGUCCGCCUCUGGAACCACUGUUGCAUUUUGCUUGGUUUUGUUUCUAUAAAAUCGUAUACAAUCGUUU